AUGAAGCUGACCACGCAGGCCUACUGCAAAAUGGUGCUGCAUGGCGCCAAGUACCCUCACUGCGCCGUAAACGGGCUGCUGGUGGCCGAGCGGCCGUCGGGUGCCCCGCGCCGCGACCAGGCCGGUCCCCCCUCGCUCUUCGUCGACUGUAUCCCGCUCUUCCACGGUACCCUGGCCCUGGCGCCCAUGCUGGAGGUGGCCCUCACCCUGAUUGACUCCUGGUGCAAGGAGAAUAGCUACGUGAUAGCUGGCUAUUACCAGGCCAACGAACGCGUGAAAGACGCCAGUCCCAACCAGGUUGCGGAGAAGGUGGCCUCCAGAAUCGCAGAGGGCUUUAACGAUACGGCACUCAUAAUGGUUGAUAAUACCAGGUUCACGAUGGAGUGUGUAGAGCCUGCCAUUCAUGUCUACGAGCUUCACGAGAACAAGUGGAGGUGCAAGGACCCACACAUUGAUUUUUGUGAAGACUGGGCGGAGGCGCAGCGAAUCGCCGCUUCUCUCUUGGACAGCAAGUCCUACGAGACCCUUGUAGAUUUUGAUAACCACCUGGAUGAUAUCCGGAACGACUGGACAAACCCAGAGAUCAACAAAGCUGUCCUCCACUUGUGUUAGAGGGCUUCCCAGUGACUGAGUGAUUGAUGGAUUGAUUGAUCGAUCGAUUGGCAUCCUCACUCUGUACUGAGGAGAGAAAAAUGCUAUUUUUGAAUGUAAAUAGAAUUACCAUUCAGUACUUUGUGUGGAGACCUGACUGAUUAAAAGGAGUGGCAUGGCACACUGGGGAGUGAUGUGUCCCUA